AUGGACGACCUACUUGCACCACUUCAAGAUUUCUUUGAGGGGCAAAUCGACUUCCAUGGCCAGCGCUUGGCCGAGAUCCUCUCUACCGUGUUGUUGAUUAUCUCCGCGGCCGUUGGCUUCGUGGUCGGAUACAUCUACAAGGACAUUCACCAGACAUUAUGGAUCAGCUUGGCGGGUACCGUGUUCACCGCGGUCGUGGUCGUCCCGCCGUGGCCCUUUUUUAAUAAGAACCCAGAGAAGUGGCUGGUGCCGGCGGGUGGAAAGGCGAGUGGUUCCAGGGUGGUCGUGGAUGGAAUUAAGGUGGCAUAA